AUGACCAGAGAGGCUGAAGCUUGCCUUCUGCGCGUCUUCCAGACUCUCGUCGAUAGAGCUGACCUCUACGGAAACCUUCGUGGCCAUUCUGCGUUCUACACAACCGUCGCGGCUGAGCUCAAGACCAGAGGCGAACUCAGUGGCGAAGCACUCAAGGAUAUCGACGAAGUCUUCGUCCGCGCCCGUCGCGGCGACUCGGGUGACUGGCCCAAGACCGAUCUUAACAUGGCCGUUGACACUUGGAUUUACGUCAAGGACCUAUUCGCGGGUCUUCCUCCCAUUAAGGCUAUGUCCCUCUCGGCCCGUCCCAACGAGAUGGGUGCCCUCACGGCUCAGUUUCACAGCACCAGCGUCGCCGGCCCCGCGGACAACAAGCUCUGGCCUCCUACUCACUUCGACCCGCACGAACUCGCCCUGAUCGCCACGCCGGAGCUUCGAAGCGUCCUCUUCGGCAAGACGCCCCAGACCCCUGGCAACAUGCCCAUGAUUCCCAGCAAGGCCACCCUCCCCCUCGACACCCGCGCCUUUCUCUGUUCGCUCGCUCUUAUCAACUACCAGCCCGACAGCAAGUGGAACUUGAUUCUCGCCCCCGUCUCGAACUUCCGCAGCCCCAUGGAGCGUCGCCAGUGGUCGAUCCCUUCCGGUGGCCAGUCUCUAUACUGCUUCACGUCUGGAAAGGUCCUGUCCAUUGUCCUCGCGACCCCCUGGUUCGGCCGUCCUUGGGGCGCAAUCCCUUCUGUCGACGAGUCCUCGCUCUGCCCUCGUCUCGGCUUCGCUAUUGUACUUCACAAGUACGCCGACGGCCUGGAGCUCAUCAUCUUCGACCCCAUCUCCCGAUAUGCUCACCUCAAGAACAACCCACAGGUGAAGGCAAACCUCUCCAGCUUCUUUGGCUUCCGCCAGUUUAUUCGCGACAAUACCGAGGCGGCAGUCCAGGGUGCCGGAAGACGCUUGAUCCGUGGAUGGUAUGGCGGCAAGUUGGAGAUGCCUGCCAACGGCGCUGACAGUGUUCAGCUGGCGAGUGAGUGGAUUCGUCUGCUCAUUCUCGCCGGCGGUCACGGUCAAGACCCGUUGGCCGUUGACGAUGAGAAAUGGAACCAGUGGGGCUUCGAGGAGGUGCAGAUUUGAGGUACGAAGUUGAUUUGAUCCCUCCUUUUAUCCCUUACCCCUUGUAUCCGGUAGCUUG